AUAAAUGCCUAAAAUUAGCAAACUUACCUGCCAAUAGACUAUUUCAAGCUUGAAAUCAGUAAAAAAUGUCUAGAUCUAAGUUUUAGUAAUCCUAUAUCUGGUUUGUUGUAGGAAAGACUAGAUAAAUUUGACUAUAUUGCUAAGAAGUCAUUUUUUUGCAAUACCUAAACGUGUGAUUUUUUUUUUUUCAUCUCACUUCCCUUUAAGAUAACACAAACAGUUUAAAUAAAUGCCAGCCCUCUUGUCUGUAGAGUUGAGCUUCACAAGGCUCAGGACCACUUACUUACCUUAGUGUUAAUCAGCCACUGUUUACUCGCGAGCGCAGACUGAAUGAUAAUUAAUUCGGUAAACUUUCCCCGCCUUCUCAUUUGCAUUCCGCCUUUGAUCUUUGCUUACUUUUGUUUUAUCGAAUGCAUUUCAAAGUCCCUUCAUUACAAUGUGGCUAAUGGAAAGGAGAAGCAGAGAAAAAAAUCCGAAAGCUACUGUCUUAAUGUCUUAUAACAUUUCAUGCACAGUACAGCAUUUUCAGAUGGGCUGCUGUACAUAAAUACACAAUUAGCAUAAAUACAUAGAAUAAAUACAUGAUGUGUAUGCAUGCAUGUAUGUUUGUAUGCAUGUGUGCAUGUAUGUGUGUAUGUAUGUAUGCAUGCAUGUGUGUAUGUAUAUAUGCAUGCAUGUAUGUUUGUAUGUAUGUAUGUGUGUAUGUAUGUAUGCAUGCAUCUAUGUAUGUAUGUAUGCAUGCAUGUAUGUAUGAAUGUAGGUGUGUAUGUAUGUAUGCAUGCACGUAUGUAUGAAUGUUGGUGUGUAUGUAUGUAUAUAUGCAUGCAUGUAUGUGUGUAUGUAUGUAUGCAUGUGUGUAUGAGCCCUUAUUCACUGAUGUAGGCUAUUUAUUUAAACUAUUAAGUGACAGAGACAUUGUAUCCAGUGUGGUCAGGCAGUGGAUGAAAUGUCUCUCUCAUUUAUCAGUACUUCUGAGACAUUAAGGGACGCAAAAUGCGUCUAACUUCCACAGUAAUCCCGGCUGAUUAGAGUGCUCCCCAAUACACAUCGCGUUCAUUCCAGUUAAAGCAGGAGUAACAGCUCGGCUAACAGAGCGCCGCGCGCUGCGUUUGAUGUGAGCUCGUGCACAAACACGGCGCGAGGCUUAAAUACCACAAUGCGCUCCCUGCCCUGCCAAACACACCAAACCCACCAAACACACCGGCAGCGGCGCUUUUGAAAGUUCACCCCCCCCAACACACACACACACACACACACACACCCUCCACCUCCUCCACCCCCCUCCUGCUCCUCCACCACCUCCUCCUCCCUUUGUGACUUACGGCGAGGGGCGGGGAACGCAAACAUCGAGCCUGGGGUAUAAAUGAAGCGUCACGAGCUGCAGACCGGCACGAACAUAGCAGCUGAGAAACCCUCGGAGAUCUCCAGUGAGGACUUCUGUAGCCUGUUGCAUUGAAGGAAUAUCCGCUCUGAUGGCGCUCGUGGCGUUUUCCGCCUUGUGCAUCACUCUGCUCACGUGCGCAGCCGCGAGCGCUGUUUUGCACAACUCCAACGCCAUCAAGUUCGGUCCAGCUGCGGCCACCGCGAGCCCAGAUGUGCUGCCAGUGGAGGGCGGGGAGCAGAACUUAGCCAUCGAUACAGCGCAGCCGCUCGUGUGCACGGCUGACUCUGAGUGCAGUCGCGAGGAGUUCUGCUUCCUCUCCCGCGGCGCGUGCCUUCAGUGCAAGAAACGCCGAAAGCGCUGCAUCCGGGACGCCAUGUGCUGCCCAGGCAACCACUGUAGCAAUGGAGUGUGUCAAGCGAACGACCCGGACCUCGUUCUCCAAGCGGGAGUAGAAGAGCUUGUCCCCGUCAGCGCUCUGCGUGAGGAGAACGCUUCAGUGGUCCAGCAAUCCAAAGUAGUAACUCAAGGCGCACCUCAAACCCUUAGAGGUCUGGAUGGAGAGAGCUGCCUGAGAUCUUCAGACUGCGCCGAGGGUCUGUGCUGUGCCCGCCACUUUUGGUCCAAGAUAUGCAAGCCAGUGCUGAAAGAAGGCCAGGUGUGCACGAAGCACAAGCGGAAAGGCACUCACGCUCUGGAGAUCUUCCAGCGGUGUGACUGUGGGGAAGGUCUGAGCUGCAGGAUGCAGAAAGGAGAUCACAGCAAGGCCUCACGAAGCCUCCACACAUGCCAGAGACACUGAGAUGCUCAACUCGAGGAUUAUUUACUGAAAGUUUCUGGGAAGCAGGACCAGUCUGAAAGAACAUAGAAAAACGUCACCAGUGGAAAUGGAUAUGGAAUAAGAUACUCUGUUUUUUUUUGUUUUUUUUUUUCUACGUAUAUAUAUUGUUCUUAUUUCUUUCCAUCUCCAGUUGUGUGUGUCAACAUCGCAGAGUAGAUAUAAAUGUUUCUCUAUGGAACUUGGCAUUUGAUGGUUGCAGUACAUUACUGUAUUGUAAAUACUAUUAGGAAGUUGGCACUUAGCUCUGAUUUUUGUCAACACACAGAGGAUGCAUCACCCCCUUUUGUAUAUACAGAUUUACACAAUCAUACAGAGUUUGAUAUAUGUCUAUUUUUUAUUCUAAAUAAAGAGUGUAAUGAUAUUUAUGUUUCAGACCAUGUCUAAGUAUGCAAAGACAAUCUGGUAGAUUAUUUCUGUAAUAGCUCAGAUGCAAAUAUUUCUUACAAUUACCAAUAAAAAGAUAAAUGGUAAA